AUGUUUUAAGAAAAUUAAAACAAAAAUUUUAAGGAUUUACUAGAAUUCCAAAAUCAAAAUCUUAAGGAAUUCGAAAGAGAUGUAGGUAAUUAAAAAGAAACGUUUGAAUAAAAACACCAAGAUUCAGAUAGUGACUACCUAAAUCUUGAAGAAAAUCAAAACUAGUUUAUUGAUGAUAAUACAGUUUAGUCUGUUUUAAAAAUCUUAAAUAAACUAAAUUAAACUUAACAGUCUUAGAUGAGUUGUAAAAAAAGUACUGAUUUGCGAAUCAAUUUUAAAGAAAGAUUUUACAGUCAAUUAUUAAGACUUCAUUUAGAAAAGAUUGAUAUUCCUUCAUUAAUAAACCUAUCUUAAAGCUUAGGCCAAUUUAAAAAUAUUUAAGAUUUGUAUCUGUUUAUUAAUUUAGAUAUGAAUUCUUAACUUGAAAUUGACUUAUUAGAUUCAAUUAAUAAACUAUAAAAACUCUAAGUUUUAAAUUUAUAUUUAAAAAAGAAUUAUUGCAUUAAUACUGACUAAGAAAUUCCUUUAUUAGGAAUUUUUUGUGAAGAAUUUUAUUAUCCACUAAGACCUACAUACAAUUAAUUUUUUGAAGGAUCUUUAAAAGAUUAGAAUGCAAUUUGCUAAAAGCAUUUAGACUAUUGA